CCAUAUAUCAUUCUAGUAGUAUGAGCAUUAUUAUUAUGCAAAUAAAGGUGAGAGAAAGUCAAGGAUAGAGAGAGAAACAGCUUUGCAGAGAUAAGAUGGGAUACACUUCUUCACUAAGAAGCCCAAAGCAAGAAGAACAAGAAGUCCCAGAUGCUAUCACCCCCAUAUUAUCCAAUUCAUAUGAAGUUUACUCUAAUGAAGAUUUCAAUAUUUUGGACGAAUUUGAAGGGGUCUUGAACAUCGAGGAAGAGCACAAUUUACCACUACAAAAAACUAGCCGUGGUCAGGUUCAUUGGGAUUUCAUGGAAUGGGAGGAAUUUCACGCAGAAGAUGGUGAGGUAACAGAGAACAGAAGUAAAUUCUUAUUUGAAGAGCAGCAGAUAAAGAGAGAAAGUGUUGGGUUUUGGGAUGAUGAGAAGAUGAUGGCUUUGAAUUUGAACUUGAACUAUCAAGAAGUUUUGGAUGCAUGGUCUGAUAGAGGGUCUCUAUGGGCUGAUGAGUGUUCACUUUCAUUGUCCACCAAUAAUGGCUUCUAUAUGGGAGAAGUGCCAGUAUUGGAAGAAGACAGAACAAGAAGGGAAGCAAGUGUUCUUAGGUACAAAGAGAAACGCCAGAGCAGAUUGUUCUCUAAGAAGAUAAGAUACCAAGUUCGGAAAUUAAACGCAGAUAAGAGACCUAGAAACAAGGUCAUCAUUUUACAAUUUCAAUUUCUUUUAUCUUUUCAGCCAUUUGAGUUUUGCAGUAUGGUCACUUUGUUUUGUAAUGUUGUGAAACAGCUUUUUCUGAUAUUUUGGUUGUAGGGUCGCUUUGUGAAGAGACAUUCAUGAGGUUACUCAAGAGAAAUAUCCCAAGCCAAAAAGAUCUUCCAAAAUAUCUAAGAUGACUCUUCAAGAUUUUGUUUUUAAUUAUUUUCAAUUCAAAUAUUUUUGUAUUUUUCCAUUCAAUUAUCUCUGACUUCCUACAUUAUUGGGAAAGGAAAAAAACGUGAUAUCUGCUACUAGCCAAAACAACUUAAUCUUCAUCAUCAUCAUCAUCUUCAUGAACAUCAUCAUCAACUUCAUCACCCUCUUCAUCUUGUUUCAUAUCUUAUCAAUUGCUUCAUAACUCGCUUAGGUGUUAUGUAGCCAAAAAAAAAUUCUAUA